GUUUCAUUCCCUCCAAGCAAGUCUUUUUCUUCCAACGACCAUUUCAAUCUGAAGAAACUCAAAGGAAGACGAAGAUACAUAGAAAAAAAAAAUGUAAGGAGCUAGGAAUCGAUUCAUCUCUCGAUGCUUCGAACAGCAGGUUCAGGAUUACGUACCAAGAAUCUAGAUUGAUUCUCAACAAUGGUGGAUGAGGAGAAAGACAAACAUCCUCCUGAAAUAUCCCGCAGUUUUGUCCGACAAGAAAAUAUCAGACACGACGGCGAUCGUCACCAUUACCAGGAUCGAGGUAGCGAGCCGGAUUAGUCUCAAUCGAAGAAGAAUCUCUACGACGGAGAGAGCCAAGAGAACGAUGGCGCCACUACAGACGAUUUGACUAUGGAUCAAGAUGAUCGGCCGGAAGCAAAGACUAGUGCGGAGCCCGAGAUCGACGAAGAGGGGCCUAGGGCUGAAGUGGAUUUGGAAGAGUCUCAUCCUCCGCCUGAUUACGGCCGAGUCUGUCAAGAGAUAGAUCGAUUCAUCUUGGCGGUGUCGAGCUCAAGCGGAGGAGAACCGGAUGUUCCUGAAUGCGUGGAGCAGUUUGCGGUUCUCGUUGAAGCGAAGAUUGAAAGUUGUGUUUCGGUGAAAUGGAGUCGGUUCCCGGAGGAGAACUCCUCUUCCUUCUUGGAUGCUGUGGAUCGAGUAUGGAAGCUUUUGAAUUCGCUCGCGAAGUUUUCGUUGGAAUCGAAGUUCGCUCCGUGGAUCAAUCGAAUUGGCUGCAUUCUGCAACGAUCAAUGUCGUACUUGCAAGACGAAUUCAGGUCGCUCCUUGAAGAUCCAAAGCUUCUUGAUUUUGAUCUCAACCAUGAAUCCAAGACGAAGCAGUCGUCGUCCAACUCGAAUCAGGAAGGAGAUCCACCCUUGCCGGAGGAAUCCGGCUCUGCCGGUGACAACAAUUUUCCAGGAUACUCGGAGGAGGUUAUUUUGAAUCUGAACAAAUUAGCGAAGGCAAUGCUAAGCGCAGGGUUCGAAACAGAGUGUUUUCUUGUUUACAUUGUGGCGAGGAGGACUGUAUUGGAAAACACGGUGCAUAAGCUAGGGUUUGACAAGUUGAGUAUCGAUGACGUUCAGAAGAUGCAAUGGGAACCAUUGGAGAGAGAAAUCGCAUCCUGGAACAAAUUGAUCAAGCAGUAUGUCGCCGUCAUAUUCCCCGGCGAACACAAGCUCUCGGAGGCGGUGUUCUCCGACAGGACGCCGGUUGCCGACCGCCUGUUCGGCAACCUCUCGUGGAGUGUCAUGAUCCAGCUUCUCAACUUUGCCGAAGCAGUGGCGAUGACGAAGCGUUCCUCGGAGAAGCUGUUCAAGUUUCUCGAUAUAUAUGAGACCUUGCGAGAUGUAAUUUCAGCCACGGGUAAUUUACGCCAUGAAGAAAGCGUGAACGAGCUCAAAUCUGAAGCUUUGUUGAUUUGUAGCCAACUCGGAGAGGCCAUAGUUCUCAUGUUCUGCGAGCUCGAAAACUCGAUCAAGGCCUACACCGGGAAGACUCCUGUGCCCGGCGGCGCCGUUCACCCGAUGACUAGCUACACCAUGAAUUAUCUGCAAUACGCAUUCGAGUACAGAGAAACCCUAGACCAAGUCUUCCGAGAGCACCAAACGAUCCAGCGAGCGGACUCUGUCGGUGGAUCGGACUAUGAACACAACGCAGCACGAGCCGGCGGCGGCCAGAACUCCAACGCCGAUCAGACGGCAAAGCCGCCGCCCUUCGCCAUACAGAUUCACAAAGUGAUGGAUUUGCUGCAUACGAACCUGGAAGAGAAAUCGAAGCAGUACAAGGACACUUCGCUGAGCUUGAUAUUCAUGAUGAACAACGGGAGAUACGUGAUGCAGAAGAUGAAGAGGUUGCCGGAGAUAAGCAAGUUGAUGGGAGACAACUGGACGAGGAAGAUGUCGUCGGAUCUGCGACAGUACCACAAGAACUACGUGCGGGAGACGUGGGGAAGGCCUCUGAAUUGCCUGAACCCGGAGGGAUUGAGCGUGAACGGGAAGGUGGUGAAGCCGGUGCUGAAGGAGAGGUUUAAGAGCUUCAAUGCCAUGUUCGAGGAGAUUCACAAGACGCAAAGCACAUGGGUGGUGAGCGACAACCAGCUCCAGUCGGAGCUGCGGGUUUCGAUAUCAUCGGUGGUGAUUCCGGCAUACCGGUCGUUCUUGGCGAGGUUCAGCCAGACCUUCACGCCGGGGAGACAAACGGAGAAGUACGUUAAGCACCAGCCUGAAGAUAUAGAGACAUCCAUUGAGAAUCUGUUUGACGGGAAUGCAGCGUCCACUGGGAAGAAGAAGCCAUAGCCAUGCACACACAUAUAUAUAAUUAAAUUGAACUCGAUCGAACGGAACAGAAGGAAUAGGGGGGUGAAUUAAGAGACGUGCAUAUAUACCAAGCAAACGGCCUUUGAUUAAUUGAUGAUCUUGGAUCGUUGCCUU